UACCUGUUUUAUGUUUGUCAUUGUCACAGUGACUGUGACGCGGGACACGUGUAUUUGCAAGUCGUCAAACGCACACAUUAUGGAAGCCAACAAUCACAACAUUCACAGCUCGUUGAAUGAAUGGGGUUCUUUGGAUUUAACGAGAAGAUCGACAGAUCAAAAUUUGAAUACAAUACAAAAUCAAAAUUCACAAGAGGAGUCUGUACGUAGUUCUACAAAUCAACGUAUGGAACAGACUGAAUCAGAUAGUGUAGAACAGAGAUCUACAAAUGCUACAAAUGGCCGUCGGCGAAUAAAUUAUACCCGGCGAACUUACAUUCGGCGAAUAAACCGACCUCCAAUUGAAGAGUAAAUAAAAUAUAUAAUGACAACAUCAUAUAUAUUUUUGUAUUUAUUAUUAAUUUUUAUUUUAAA